AUGCCGCGCCCGGCCCUGCCGGAAACUACGCGCGCGAGGCGCUUUGUCGCCGCUUCUUCUUGCCCGGUGGUGGCGCACGCGAUUCAGUGGACAGCCUUGCCGGUGGAUCCUGAACGGAGAGGCAGUGAUGGCGAAAGAGCUUGGGGCGUCGGCAAGCCCGGGGAUGGAAGCGCCCAUUACAGGUCGCGCUCAUCCUCAUCUCCGCCGGUAAGCAUGGGCUCCCCCAACUCUACGUCGAGUAGCUCGCCGGACCUCGCGGCCAUCCUCGAAUACCUCACCGCUGUCUUGGAGUACGUCACCACCAUCCUCACACUGAGAGACGUCGGCAACAGCCCCUCCUCUACCAGGUUUGCCAGGCGGACCGGCGGUGGCAGACAUCCAAACGACCAAACCAAUUCCUUAUAUGCCAAUGGAGAUAUGGAGGAUCUUGAUUCACAAUGGAACCUCAUGCUGAUUAUAGUCUCCACUUUUCUUCUUUCAAUAAUGAGAAUAUGA